AUGUCUAUACCGGAUACGCGGGUUCUCGCGGUGGCAAGCCAUAAAUUGACGAGUCCUAGUUACGUGGGUAACAAAAUUGCCGUCUUUGUGCUGCAGUCUCUAGGAUGUGAUGUCGCAGCCCUGAACACAGUCCAAUUCAGCAACCAUACUGGAUACAGGCAAUGGAAGGGAACGAGAGUCUCAGCGCAAGAGAUUAUGGACUUGUGGGAUGGACUGAAACAGUCGUACCUGGAUGACUUUGACGUGAUGCUCUCUGGUUACAUCCCAGGCGCUGAAGCCGUUGAUGCCGUCGGAAAGAUAGGCCGAGAGCUCAAGGACAAAUCUAGGGACACACCGGGAAAGUUUUUCUGGGCUCUUGACCCCGUCAUGGGUGACAAUGGAAAGAUCUACGUCUCUCCGGAAGUUGUGCCCGCUUACAAGAGACUCAUCCAUGAUGCUGAUCUCAUCCUCCCAAACCAGUUCGAGGCCGAGUUGCUCUCAGAGGUUAAGAUCAACGACAUGGACAGCCUCCGAAAGGCUAUACAGGUUCUUCACGACAAGUACAAAGUUCCUCACGUCGUCAUUACAUCGGUCAAUCUUGAGGCACCAGAUCACCCCCCGUCGCACCUUUCAGUGGUCGGUUCCACCAUGACAUCCACCGGUCAAGCACGCUUUUUUAAGAUCGUCUUCCCAUCAAUCAACUGCUACUUCAGCGGCACGGGCGAUAUGUUUGGCGCCCUCAUGGUGAUUCGUAUGCGCGAGGCUGUUUUCAACGCCAACGAGAAUCUGCGCCACACGGCUAGCUGGCUCAGCGACGAUUCUAUGUCGGCCACUGAACUUCCGCUUGCGCGAGCGGCGGAAAAGGUCUUGGGCAGUAUGCAUGAGGUUCUGUCCAAGACGUGCGAGGGUAUGAAGAAGGUCGUUGAGCGCACGACGGGUGAUAUGAAGGCCGAGGAUCGGGAAAACGAGACAAAGGUGCAUCUCGUGAAAAGCAAGGCGGCUGAGCUGCAGCUGGUGAGAAACUUGGACUGCUUGAGGACGCCAGUGACACAGUACCAGGCGAAGGCCAUGUAG